AUGGCGUCGGACACCAACAACGACGGAGCCCAAGCCCAACCUCUCGAGCCUAAUAACUGCUCCCCCUCGCCAACAGCAGAGCGCAACCCGGAAACUCCAGACGAAGUCCAGAAGAAGAAAUCCUCCUCCUCCAAAGCCCCUGCCCCCAUGACCAGCGUCAUCGCCCUCCUCACCGCCACCUCCAUCGCAACCUACAUCCAAUGCGAGCUGCCCAUGGUGAACAGACGCCUCACGCCCUCCGACCACGACGCCCGCAACGCCUUCAUCGCGAACCACAUGACGCUCGUAGCGGGCGGGGACUCGAAACUCGUCCACGAGGAGAUGAACUUCCUCUCCACCCACGCCAUCUCCGUCGCGAAGAAACUCUUCCUCGAGAAAUUGGAGACGCUGUACGAUGGGCCCGUGCCUGCUGUCGAGCACGCGCCGUUCAGCUAUCAUAUCGGACGGAUGAAGGGGGCGAGGGAUUUGGAGGUUUUGUGCCGGGAGCGGGAGGUGGAGAGGGCGGAUGAGGCGAGGGUGAAGAAGGAGACUGCUGAGAAGCGGGAGCAGGAGCGGAGGUUGGGUGGGAUUGGGGUGCUUGAUGGGAAGGCCGUGUUUGGCCCUGUUACGCCUUGGGAUGGCAAGGAGGAGGGGGAGGUUCCGGUUGCGCAGCCGUUGUUUGUGAGCAAGGCGGCGAUUGAGGGGAUUAUGGGGUCUAGGAAGCAGUUCGGUUGA